UCUCCUCGUCCUACAAUCGUCUCUCCUCUUUCAGAGUGAUGUAGGGUCCCGAGAAUGGGGAAACACCUUCCAAGGAGAAAACACACAUGCACGCAUGCACUUUCACAACACACACACAGAGCUCCUCGCUGAGUGCUGAAUGGUGAGAGAACAGCACAUGCUGCAUGAGACGAACUUGGAUAGCAACAAUUCUCCAAACUCUAAAGUAUUUGUCAUGCUUAAAAGUCUUCAAAUGGCUUGAAGGAGAAGGAAAUGGACCCACAACCCUCGGCUUCUGAACAUUGAAGACACAGGAGAACGAGAGAGAAAGCAGAGCAGAGAUAGAGAGGAAAGAAGAGACAAAGAUUUCUCCGUCACCUGAUUUGUGGAACUUUAACAUGGGAUGAGCUCCUAACAUCACUUAAGCUUUGCACCAGUGUAUCCUGACUGAGAGCCUGACCAGAUCCUGGCCUCUGAGCUCUGACCCCCUUACCCUGGAGGGGCAGGGGGGGUCGAGGGGGAGAAAAUGCGGUGUACAACCCUGUUGGCCCUGCUGACGGGGGUUGUGCUGUACCUGGUGAUGGGAGCGCUCGUUUUCGGCACCCUUGAGUACCCUAAGGAGAGUUUGGCAUACGAAGACCUGCUCACUACCAAGAAGGCCUUCCUGGAUAAUAACACCUGUGUCACCGAGGAGGACUUCCGCAAGCUUGUGAAGGGAGUGGUGUCUGCGGUGGAGGCAGGCCUGGAUGUGAACAACCUUCCUCAAAACUUCACCAGUCGCUGGGACCUGGCCUCCGCCAUCUUCUUCUGUGGUACCAUCAUUACAACCAUAGGUUUUGGGAACCUGUCUCCUCGGACGUGGUACGGCCAGUUGUUCUGCGUGUGCUACGCCCUGGUGGGCAUCCCCAUGUUUGGUAUACUGCUCGCUGGAGUGGGUGACCACAUGGGCACAGUGCUGCGGAGAGCUGUGGCCAAGAUUGAGACCCUCUUCCUGAAGCGUAAGGUCAGGCCGACCACUGUGCGCGUGAUCUCAGCGGUCCUCUCUAUCCUGAUUGGUUGUCUGAUCUUCCUCGCCGUGCCAACAGUCGUGUUUCAGAAAGUGGAGCAAUGGUCAUUUCUAGAGUCACUCUACUUUGUGGUCAUCACCCUCACUACUGUUGGCUUCGGAGACUACGUACCAGGUGGUGGUGGUGGCUGGUUCUUCAAGCCUCUGGUGUGGUUGUGGAUAGUGUUUGGUCUUGCCUACUUUGCCUCCAUUCUCACCAUGAUAGCCAACUGGCUGAGGGUGCUGUCUAAGAGGACCCGCGCUGAGAUGGAGGAGUUGAGGGCCCACGCUACAGACUGGACCCAGAACAUCCAGAACAUGUCCAUGGACUUCCGCAUCCCUAACCCUCUGGAGUUUAACGACCCUUUCCUCCUGCAGCGCCGGCGCUGGAAACGCAGUGAGCGUCGGCGCAUCCGUCGGGGAGCCGAGGGUGCUCUGGGGUACUUGGCUCGAGGAGGAUCUGAGAAUGGACACCUGCCGAACCGCUGGGCCGGCCUCUCUGGCUCCAUGAGCCAGCUGGAGGCCCAUUCGUCUCUUGAGAGGGCGUUGGUGGCCAAGUCCAGGGCACGGGUCAGUGCUGCUGGAGUUGGAACGGCCCCGAGAGUAGCGCCUGCAUUGAGGGUCGACAACGCUGUGGGCCUGCAGGUGGAGGGCAGGUCGUUUCCUCACCUGCUGACCCGCUCAUUCUCCCUCCCUGUGGCCCACUCCACCUUAGAGCUGGACUCUGCAGGUGCAGCCAUGCAGGGAGGAUUCCUCACUGGAUCGGAGUCUUCUUUUGACUCCAGAUCAGACGUCUCCUCGGUCUCCUUGUCCUCCUUGGCGCUCCGCAAGUUCCCGCCCUGCCAUACAGUCAGCAGCAUGGAGGUGGGAGGAGUGAAAGCCACAGACAUGAACACAGCACAAGAGAAAGACCAGCUGAUUCCAGCAAAGAAAUGUGGAACUGUAGACUACAAAAGCUACAGACAUGCACCUGUUCGCUUCUCCCCUCUUCCUUCUUCUAGCCCUCCUUCUCGCCACCCAAUUCACCUGCCCUCACCUCCCCUCCACGCAGCCUCCUUACCCAGCUGCCAGCUGCUGGAUUUCUUCGGAGAGAAUCUGGCAUACAUCGACGAGUCCUCGGACACUCUGAGUGACCGCGCCCAGCCAGGAGCAAGAGAGGAGAGGAGGAGACGGCCACGAAAGCCAAAGAGGAAGAGCAUGAGGAGGCAGCUGUCACACAGGUGGAGCCCCGUGCAGGUGAGGAGGCCCAACAGUGACAUGCAGCCGCCGUCGAACCCCCCCACACCACCUCCAGACUCCACUCUUUCAGACGUGCCCUGCGACACUCUGACAGCCACCACACUCACGACACGGUGCCAAAGUCAAGAUGUGACAUAACAGAAUAGUCAUAAAGCUGUGGGUUGACACUCUCUAAGAACAUAUACAACACACGCAGAUCUCACCAUCAUAAAUAUAGCUGAUGUUCCAGGAUAUUUAGUAUUUAAGGUUAGCCUGACAAAGUAAGCCCACAAGUUUUGCUUUAUUACUUUUUGAUCUGACAAAGCUCAAUGGACAUUUGUUCAGCCUCCUUUCAGACAUGGCGAUGAUAAACAUGAACCUGUUGUAUUUCAGACUAAAUAACUGUAUCAACACUGGGCUGUCACUGAUCUUUGCCUCAGAGUAAACAAGACUAAGGGUCGGGUGCCCGGAUAGCUCAGUUGGUAGAGCGGGCGCUUAUAUAUGGAGGUUUGCUCCUCGGCGCAGUGGGCCGGGGUUCAACUCCACCCUUUGCUGCAUGUCAUUCCCCUUCUCUCUCCCCUUUCAUUUCUUCAGCUGUCCUGUCAAUAAAGGCCUAAAAAUGCCCCCCAAAAAAAAAAAAAAAGAAAACAAGACUAAGGGUCUACAGCCAUGCAAGUAGAUCUGUGAGACUUUACAUCAAGGGUAUACAUCUGUAACUGUGACUUACUUGUUCCAACAAAUCAUCUGAACUCAAUUGUGCCAUCUACACUCAAUGUCCUUAUUAAUCAAGCAUGUCCCAGUGAUCACUGAUGAACACGUUUGCGGUCUUUGCGGAAAUUACAGUAAACAGUUGGUCACAAGUUUCAGUGGUUUAAA